CAGACGGAAGAAACACACAAACCUCUGAGGCAAACCGGAGAGAGAGCAUUACCGGGAAUUUCCUUUUGUUCCAUUAUUCAUUUGGAUCCUAAUAGCUGUUGGAAGUUGUCUCGUGGGGAUUAUGAUGGCUUCGGGUGCCGGUAAAGCCCCGCAGCCCCCCGGGCCAGGCUCCGGUAGCCUUAACGGGACUGCAGCAGACUUACCGAACAUAGAGCAGGAGCUGUAUGACUAUCAGAUGCAUGGCAAGAUGUGCAAGAAGAUAGCUCAGCUAACCAAGGUGAUCUAUUCUCUGAACACCAAGAACGAAGAGCAGGAGGCGGCCCUUCAGGCCGUCAGCCACGCCCACCAGGAAGAGCUGAGGCGGAUUACCACGGGGACGUGUACCGAGGGGGAGUCGGUAGUGCUUAGGACACGCCUCUCAGAGCUGCAGGAAACUCUAGCUCAGGUUCAGGUAGACUUUGAGAGCUACCGUGUCCAGGCAGAGGAGAGGGAUCGUGGGGUAGAGGCAGAGCUUAAGAGGGACUAUGAGGAAAAGCUCCAGGCUCUGGGGCUGGAGAGACAGGAGACCCAGGCCCAACUCAACACGGCCCACGACGAGAGUCUCCGACUGGGGAGAGAACUGGAGACGGCUGGGGAGGCUGCGCAGUGCCUGGAGGUUCAGUGUGACGAACUACGGAGGAAAGGAGAAGAGGAGCGAGGGAAAGGGAAGGAGGAGGAGACGGAGAGAAUGCGACUCCUCUCGGAGGAGGUGAAGACUCUGAGGAAAGGGAAGGAGCAAGCAGAGGAAGAGAGGGAGAGAGCAGUGAGAGAGGAGAGGGAGAAGUGGGAGACGAGGAUGAAGGAGGUGACAGAGGAGAAGGAGGAGUUGAAGAGGAGCAUGGAGGAGGCGCGCAGGGAGGAGAGACGGCAGUGGGAGGAGAGAGAGGAGGAGGAGAAGAGAGGGAUGAGUACAGUACUGAGAGAGAGAGUGAGGAAGGCGGAGGGAGAGAUGGAGGGCAGUCUGCAGCGACUCAACGAGAGCAAGAGACACGCUGCCAAACUACAGGGCAGAAUACAGGACCUGGAGGAGGAGUUGGAGUCGGGGAGGAGGCGUGUCUCGGGGGCAGAGGGUGGGGCUAAGAGGGCAUGGGAGGAGUUAGUCGUGGCCAAAGAGAGACUACUGCUGCAGGAGGAGGAGCUGCAGAGCAAAUCAGAGGAGCUGCUGAGUCGUGGUGUGUGUGAGGGUGUGUGUGUGAACGUGGAGGAGUUGAAAGGUCAGGUGAACAAACUGCAGAGCAGGAACAGAGAGCUGGAGUUGCAGAGCAGCGGGAGAAACAACGACUACGCCAGACAGCAUGCGGAGGCCCUGGCUAGUCUGCGUUCUGAGAUGGUGAGGGCUCAGUCAGAGGAGCUCCGGAGAGAACGGAAACACGCGGAGGUGGAAAAGGAACAAAUGCAGAAAGAGAGAGAAGAAGAGAGAGAACACCUGCAGAAAGAGAGAGAAGAAGAGAGAGACAGACUGCAGAAAGAGAUAGAAGAAGAGAGAGCACGCCUGCAGAAAGAGAGAGAAGAAGAGAGAGAACACCUGCAGAAAGAGAUAGAAGAGGUGAAAGGAAGAGUGACAACACAGAUGGAAGGAAACACGGAGCGAGUGGAGGAGCAGAGAGACAGAACGGACGAGGAAAGGAAGAGAUUGAAGGAGCAGGCGGACGAGGAAAGGAAGAGAUUGAAGGAGCAGGCGGACGAGGAAAGGAAGAGAUUGAAGGAGCAGGUGAAGAAGGCGAUAGAAGAGGUGAUGAGGAAACAUGCAGCUGAGCUCCACAACGCCCAGGAAGCACUGAGGAAAAACCAAGAGCAGGUGUGUGUACGUGUACAGGAGGACAGGAGGAGUGGUGAAGAGGUGUGUCGAAGGCUGCAGACUGAGAGGGAGGAGCUUAGAGACCAGCUGCAGCAGGCAACCAAUCAGAUCUGGCGUUUGGAAGGAGUCAUUCAGCAGCAAAGUCAGGGGUGUGUGGCCUCUGAAACUCCUCCCACCUGCGGAAUCCACUGUUCCCACCUCCGAGAGGAUCUGCAGCACAUACAGGAAGAGAUGGAGCGACAGAGAGAGAGUUACCAGAGGGAGAUGACAGGUCUGAGAACAGACAAACAGAGACUGGAGGAGAAGGUUCUAGAGCUCAACCAACAGACCCAAGAGAACACAGACAGAAACGUUCUAGAACACACCCAAGAGAACACAGACAGAAACGUUCUAGAACACAACCAAGAGAACACAGACAGAAACGUUCUAGAACACAACCAAGAGAACACAGACAGAAACGUUCCAGAACACAACCAAGGGAACACUGACAGAAACGUUCUGGAACACAACCAAGAGAACACAGACGAGAGAAUCCGGUCAGAGUGUGAGGAGCGCCUGAGGGCGGAGCUUAAGGCGGAGCUUGAUGCGGCUGUUGCCACGAGCAACCAGAGAGAGCAGGAGCUGCAGACUCAACUAGCAGAUCUCCAAUCACAGGUGGAGAGGAAGGCGGGGCCAGCAGAGGGUCACCAUGAUGACAGCGAGAUUGACAGGCUGCGGAGGGAGGUGCAGGAGACCAGAGACAUGAACCAGAGACUGAGAGAGCAGCUGCAGGAGGAACAGAGACACUCUGAAGAACGACACACGGCGUUGCAGGCUCUGGAGAGACAAGCUCAGGAGGAACUGCAGACCGAGAGGAACAGACUCCACACACUACACCUGUUACAGCUAGAUAAGCAGGGUACAGAGCUGAGCCAGCAGUACACAGAGUGGAGUAGACAGUUGACCCAGAGACACAUGAAACACAUCGAAGACCUGCAGGCGGAACUACACACACACACAGAGAUGAUGGCCCUGCAACAGGACUUGAAGCAGCAGAAUCAGUACCAGGUGUUUGAGCGUCAGCUGGAUGAGAGUCGCUGUGCCGUUCUGGAACUACAGAGGGAAAACACUGUACUGAGGUCGGGAGAGGAGGCGAUGGGAAGAGAAAGAGAGCAGAAGGAGAGAGAGGAGGAAGCCCAACGACUGAGAGUGGAGGUGGACAGACUGAGAGAAGAGGUGGAGAAACUGGAAGAGGCUCAGAAACAACGGGAGGAACAGAGAGAAGAAGAGAUGAGAGAAGAGGAGGCGAGGAAGAGGAGGAAGGAGGAGGAGGAGGAGGAGGAGAGGAGAGAGGAAGUGAAGAAAGAGCACAGGAGAGCGAUGCAGAGUCUGGUGUGUGAAUACAGCAGCUGUCAGGCAGAGCUACAGACUCGCAUAGUGGCCCUGGAGACAGAGCUACGGGAGCGUGAGGAGAGGUGCAGGAGGAGGGAGGUUCCUCUCUGUGAUGAUCUCCAGAUGGGGAGACUACAGGAGAGACUCACUGAGAGGAACCAGCUCAUCAAACGCCUGGUGGAGGAACGACAUCAGCUGCAGUUUCAUCCUCCGGUUGCUGGGGACAACGGAACCCUCAGGCUCCAUGACAACAGGCCACACCCCGGGAUCGUUACACCAUCUAUGAGGAGGAAGCGUGUGGAGGAGUCUCCGCCCCUCAUCACCAGCGUUCCAAACCUCGGCGCCUAUGAGAGGAGCGUCCCCCUCCCCCACGACACCCCCUCCCCCUGCCUCCCCCAACAUCCCUCCCCCUCCUCAACUCUGCCCUACGCCUCCUCCUCUCUCCCCCGUUCCUCCUCCUCUCUCCCCCGUUCCUCCCCCUCCCUCCCCCGUACUCCCAGGUCUCCCAGUUUGGAUCCCAGCGGUCGCGGCCCUCUCUCUCGUACCCCCACUCCUCUCCCCCCUGCUCCCACCACCCCCCUCCCCCUCUGUCCAUCCUCCCUCCCCGAGCCUCGACACGGGAUUCGACACGUCACCUCACCCUCGCAGGAGCUCCGCCCACACCUGAACAGCCAGUCAACCAGGAGCCCAUAUUUGGAGCAGAGGGGGAGUGGCCAGGGGGCAGAGGGGCGGGACCCUCAGAGGCAGGAUUGGUACACAAAGUACUUCUCCUUCUGAACACACACACACA